AGCGCAUAAAACACUUUAUCACAGACACCCAUGAAGAUUUGUGCUCUUCCAAACAGCCGGUUGGUGGGUCAUCCUUUGGAACAGUCCUUUUCCAUGGCGAGAAGCUGCUGGGUUUGCUUUGCUACCGAUGAGGAUGAUCGGACAGCGGAGUGGGUGAGACCUUGCAGGUGCAGGGGAUCCACGAAAUGGGUUCAUCAGACUUGUCUACAGCGCUGGGUGGAUGAAAAGCAGAGAGGAAACAGUACUGCUAGAGUUGCUUGUCCUCAGUGCAAUGCAGAAUAUUUAAUAGUAUUUCCAAAGCUAGGUCCAGUUGUUUACGUUUUGGAUCUUGCAGAUCGGCUGAUCUCAAAGGCAUGUCCGUUUGCUGCAGCUGGAAUAAUGGUGGGCUCUAUCUACUGGACAGCUGUUACCUAUGGAGCUGUGACAGUGAUGCAGGUUGUGGGUCAUAAAGAAGGUCUCGAUGUCAUGGAGAGAGCUGAUCCUUUAUUUCUUCUGAUUGGACUUCCCACCAUCCCAGUCAUGCUAAUAUUGGGCAAGAUGAUUCGAUGGGAAGACUACGUGCUCAGACUGUGGCGCAAAUACUCUAAUAAACUACAGAUUUUGAACAGCAUCUUUCCAGGCAUUGGAUGCCCCGUCCCUCGUAUUCCAGCGGAGGCCAACCCGCUCGCGGAUCACGUCUCUGCUACUCGUAUCCUCUGCGGAGCGCUCGUUUUCCCAACCAUCGCCACGAUAGUUGGCAAACUGAUGUUCAGCAGCGUUAACUCAAAUUUACAAAGGACAAUCUUGGGUGGAAUUGCUUUUGUUGCUAUAAAAGGAGCUUUUAAAGUUUACUUCAAACAGCAGCAAUAUUUGCGCCAAGCUCACCGCAAAAUUCUAAAUUAUCCUGAGCAAGAAGGAGCAUAAGGCUGGGACGUCUGAAGUUGUACAGAUUCAUCUGAGAGACUUCCUUGUUGUGUUGAUUCCAUCAUUAUUGCACAGUAGUGGAGAAUUGUGAUAACUUGCUGCUCGUAUUUUUUUUUUCCUUUUAAAAUAAAGCACUGUCUUGUGGCAGGGUAAAAUCUUUCAGCAACCACUGAACCUAAGAAUGUGACUUGUUUUCAUUAUUUGGGGGUAUUUCUGUUGGGCAAGAGGCUUCUGAAUUGCUUUCUUUGAGCCAAAAUGCUGAAUGAAAAGAAAAAGCAUCAACUGCAGAGAACAAAAUAUUUUAAACUGUGUAGCUAAUUAAAAACGUUGGCAUGUCCAAAUGCCUUUCCUAUACUGUGUUUCCAUACCCAGGCAAAUCCAGUUCCUCACUUGAGAUGGGGAUUUUUUGAAAGGAAAUAUGAGUCAUUACCAAGGAGAAGUGAUUGUGGCUUUACUGGCCAAUAAAGGUUUCCUUUUUCUUUCUCUUGAUGUGAAACAGGGAGUGUAAGACAGUGAGAAGACAGAGCAGAGGCAGAUGAUGGAUCACUUUCUAGAGGACCCGUAUAUGUGUCAACUUUAGCCACCAAAGUACUAGGUUUUAAAAUGAGCAUGGCUUGUAGGUGAUUAUUACUGUCCAGGUGUUUCUUAAGCAGUGCCUAGUGUUACUUCUCGUGGCACUUUUGCUGUUUUGUACCUGGUACUAGAUAACAUUGUUUUUCCAUUCACAUAAAUUAGAAGGAGCAGUCAGUUUCAGCCACUUGGUUUGUAAUUAGUUUGGUUUUAGAACAGUUGUUCUGUAAUUUCAAGUGUAUCUGCUGUUCCUUUUGAUUGGGUAAGUAUCUGCACAAGUAAAAAUAGCAGAAAUGUGAGCAAACAACAUUGGACAUUAAAGCAAUGUUUAAACUGACAGACCCCGCUCAGCUCUGCAUCAGGACUGGCCUUUCCCCGGCAGCUCCCCUGGGAGGAAACCAGGCCAGGAGCCUUGGCUGAAGGGGGGGCUGCGCUCCGGGGUUCCCAUCGGAGCGGGGCCCAUUCCUGGGGCUUGGAUGGUGGAAGGCAGCAGCCUGGCUCCUUUCUGUAAGGGAUGGAUAUUAAGUGUGUGAUAACCUAAGUUAAUUUAUUUAUACAGUAAGCUUUACUGUUACAAUAUGUGCGGAGUAGCCUGCUGAGGAAGACAUUAGCACUUCAGUUAUUUGACAUAUUUAUAAACUUAACUUCAACAGAAAUAAACUACAAGAAGCUAAAUUUUGACAAGCGUUAAUAUAGCUAUUUGUCAGACCAGACUUAACCUAGUUUUUAAUACUUGAAGUCCUCGUUUUACCACCUCUUUGUUGUUUUUCUCCAGGUUCUUUUUUUCUUGUUCAUGGUAGGAUGUCAGAUGCACAGGGAAAGGGAAAAACUGUAUUGUAGUGGGAGUAUCUAUAAACAAACCUGGCUCUUCAGCAGAAAAGACGUAAAUACAGAGUGGGCUUCAUAUUUGAUUGCAAUAAUGUAUGUUAGUGACAUUCAAAAUAUGGUACCUUUUCUAUGGUAUGUUUAUCUUAAAUACUGCAAUGUAAUAUUUUAGAAUUGUAUAAAAAUGUAUAUAAUUGCCAACUAGUAUUCAAAAUGACAGGUAUUGCGAAUAAUACAUUCAUAUCAAAUACUUUGAGGUUCUUGCUAUAACUGAAGAAUUACUAUAAUCUUGUAGGUCUGCUGAUUAUAUUUGUCUUAGAGUGGGCUGACUUUUAUAUUAAAUCUUUAAAUAUACAGCAGCAACCUCAGAAAGUUGCUGCUUUCUGUAAGAUAGUCUUAAAACAAUGUAAUACAUUUUUCUUACAGAAUUCCUCAUUUGGAGAACAUCUUUUCAGUGGUCUUCACUGUAUAUAUUUCCAACCAAUUUAUUACUGUUUUUUAAAGUCUCAUGAAGAAUUGAAUGAUGCAAAUUAGUGGUUUUGAAACUUGUUCAAUUGAAAAGCUCAUUGUCUUCUCUGAAAAUUGAAGCUAUUGUAAAAUAUAAUUGCAAAAACACUGUAUGAAUUAUAAAACAAUUUAACUGGGCGACAGAAGGUCAUUUCUUUGAUUACUAUGUUGUAAAUCUUGUUUUUAGUAUUGCAGACUAUAGUCAUGUUGAAUUAGG